UGGUUCGCUUCGUGUGCAUAUUAAAUGUGAAUGUAAAUUUUUUUAUUGCGGAAUAGGUAAUCUGAAGACACGAACCUGAAAUUUCUAUCUAUUCCUGCAUUGCACGUUGUUCAAGUUACACUCAGAUAGGAUACCUUAGUGAAGGAUUUUAGAGCAUGAUAAUGGAUUAUCUACUAAGCUGCAUAUUUUUCAAUAUUCUUACACUGCAGUGUUCUGGUAAACCCACUGCUACUGUUUCAGGUUAUGACCAGGUGUUCCUCGAGGUUCAAGAAGAAUUAAAACAAGUUAAAGAUCCAUAUCAUUGGUUGAUGCAUCAAUUAAUUGUGGCACGCGUCAUGCUCAUGCAUCAAAAUAAUGUAGCCGAAAAUGAUUUAGCCGCAAAAAAUCGACUGAUAUUUGAAUUAGCAAAAGAAAUCGGAUCACUGAAUGCGACAAACUUGAAACUACAAGAAAAAAUUGACGCAUGGGAGAUUCCAGUGAUCCUGAGACGCAUAGCGGAUGAAUUUUUUUACAAAUACGAAGAUGAAAUUUCCGAUCAUCAGAAAGAAGACGACCAGAAAUUGGAAACAUUUGAACGAAAAUCCGAUGAAAGGAUUCGGUGUCAGUGGGAACUAAAAUGUCAGCAUAUUUUCACUGACUUGAAAGGGAAAAGGUAUUAUGAUAUCGAUGUUAUUCUGGAAGACUUGAAUCAAGAAUUACCUGAACACAGUGAAAACCACCGAGUGGAAUACAUGUGUAAAUCUAUAGUGGAAAUGAAGUUAGAAGUUAAUCGUAUUGUUCACGAGAGACAAGUCAGAAAAAAAAAUGGUAAAAUCAUCGCAUUCAAUAAACGAACAUUAGAUAAAUGCAUAAAUAUUUUUUAUAAACAUUUAAAACCUAUCGAAAAAAUUGUAAUGAAAUACGAAAGUGAUGAAGUAUGAGGAUAAUAAUGACAAUGGUAUUUUAAGUCGUAAAUAAAAUGUAGGUAAAUUAAAACUAUGAAUGUCGUGAAAAAUUGAAAACAUUUUUUUUCAAUUUUUAUUAUAAUUUUCUCAAUACAUUUAA